AUGGACAGAGCCUGUGAGUCAGGGAGAACGUUCGUCUCGCUGGUGGACGCAAAUCUGUGGAAGCAAGUGGAGCAGCAGAGUGGCGGCAUGCUGUGGCCGCGGUUGGGAGCUGCACUUCCUCCUGGCGUUCGAGCAAUCCUGCAGGAGACGGUCUCUCUCUUAAGUAUGAGAGAUGAUGGAGGAAGGACGAUCUUACUAUCCUCUGUUGAGUUCGAACUGAACGCUCUCUGUCAAACAGUCAAAGGAGACAAGAAUUGUGUGAAAUAUCUGCUUAAGGCGGGUGCAAACAUACAGAGAGUUGAGGGAGAAAUUUCGUUGUCUGAGUUAGCAGCACGAUGUGACGACGAACAACUAGUCAAACUCGUAUCUCUCGCAGAAACAAGUCUGCCUGACCUCCGAUCCCCUUCUCCUGGACUCUUGGCGUAUCUUCGAUGCCAGGCAUCUUUCGCUAUCGAUCGAGUCAUCACGCCGAAAGCCUACGCUCUUGUACUUGUCUUUGCGCCGUUGCGUCCUGGAGCAGCAGCGGAGAAUCGUUGA